AUGUUUUCUAGCUCUGAGUGGGAUGAGUGCAAAUGGUCCAAGACGGUCAAGGGGAAAGCGAGUUACAAUAUCGUGAUGCCUAUUGGUUUUUGGAAUGGUGUGAGAUCUUUUUUGACUAUUUUUGCUCGUUUAGUGAAGGUUCUUCGUAUAGCGGAUGCCGAUAGAAAACCGUCGAUGGGUUUUUGGUAUGGGGAGCUUAUGCAUGCCAAAGAGGAUAUAAAAAUUGCCUCGAACAACCUUGCCAAGAACUAUGAACCCAUCUUAGAGAUAAUUGACACGAAGAUGACAAGUAGAUUGGACACUCCGUUGCACUUGAUGGCAUAUCUACUAAAUCCUUAUUAUCAUUAUAAGGACACGAAUCUCAUACUAGAUCAAGUUGUUUCGGAUGGAGUUCUUGAUUGUCUUGAUGUCAUUUGCCAUGGUGACUUUGAUUUGAGGAAUAAAAUCAUGAACAUUGAGUUGCCAAUUUAUAAGACAAGGAGAGGAGUCUUCGGGAAGCCAAUUGCCACAAAAGGUUGUGAAGUGAACGACGAAAAGUUUGAUCCGGCUACUUGGUGGUUAAAUUAUGAGUAUGGAACGGCUAAUUUGCAAAGGAUUGCCAUAAGAAUCUUGUCAUUAACCACAAGCUCGUCCGGGUGCGAAAGAAAUUGGAGUACAUUCGAAGGG